AUGUCUGGACUGCCAGAUCCCAACGAUCCCGUCUCCGUCGCUGUUUGGAACAGAGCAGCUGCCAGUCUCGUUCGCGAGACGCGCCAGAGAAUCAUGACUUCGUCAGCGUCAACAGCUACGCCAAUGAAGCACUCGUUUGAGGAGCGCGUCGAUGACGUGAAGUCGCCUAAGAGCGACAUUAACUCACUCAUCUUCGAUUACCUGAUGAUGGAAGGCUACCCUAAUGCUGCGGCAAAGUUCAGCAAGGAGGCCAAUCUCCAGCCACAUCAGGCCGACGACACGAUCCAACUGCGACAGCAGAUCCAGCACUCUAUUCAUAUCGGUAGCGUGCAGUCAGCGAUAGAGGCCUUGAAUGAUCUCGAUCCUGAGAUACUGGAUCGCGACCCUACCCUGCACUUCGCGCUGUUACGUCUGCAGUUGGUUGAGCGCAUCCGCUCCUCCACCGCAUCGUCGGACGAAAUUGCUACGCUCGAGUUCGCCCAGACCCAUCUGGCCCCUCGUGCUGUGACUGAUCCUCGAUUUCUCAACGAUCUCGAAGAGACCAUGGCCUUGCUAGUAGUGCCGCGUACUAGCCUGGAGCCCCAGCAAGCCGCCAUCCUUCAUCCUGAUCUGAGGAGGGAAGUCGCGGACAACGUCAACAAGGCUGUUCUUCAGCGCAUGUCUGAGCGCCGAGAAGCGUCCAUUCGCGAGCUCGUGAGGAUGAGAGCCUGGGCUGAGCAGACUGCCCGUGCCAGCAAGAAGUCCCUCCCUGAGAGGUUGGACAUCGGCCUGAAUCGCCCUGAUGAGGGACACGAGUCUAUGCUCAUCACCUAA